UCUCCUGCAGGACCUUACCUGUUCCUCGCUCCAGCACUGUAGUCUUCCCGCGCCGGCUUCUGUGACAGCCGAGUGCCCACUCCACAUGCGCGAGAAGCGCUGCGCUUUGUCCGCAGUCUCUGGUCAUCUCCUUUACUGUCUGCAGUCUCUGUUCAUCUGUACUAUGUCCCUGGUAUUUUCCCUGUGCUAUGUCCGCAAUCUCUGGUCAUCUGUACUAUGUCUACAGUCUCUGGUCAUCUCCUGUACUGUGUCCGUGGUCUCUGGGCAUCUCCUGUACUGUGUCCGCAGUCUCUGGGCAUCUCCUGUACUGUGUCCGCAGUCUCUGGUCAUCUCCUAUACUGUGUCCGCAGUCUCUGGUCAUCUCCUGUACUAUGUCUGCAGCCUCUGGUCAUCUCCCAUACUGUGUCCACAGUCUCUGGUCAUCUCCUGUACUGUGUCCGCAGUCUCGGGUCAUCUCCUGUACUGUAUCCGCAGUCUCUGG